AAAACGGACUCCUCCAUAACACUCACAUUAUAAAUGUUUUUCUUUUUAAUUUCUUCUCCUGCUGCUUAAUGACAUGCCAGUGAAACUUAAAGAGAUCUCUCCUCUUUAAAGGGUAAAUAGGCAAUCUAUGUCUUCCCCCCCCUGAGAAAUGAAUUCAAUCUGUGCUUGCACUAUGGCAGCUGCACUUCAUUUCCUUUUUUUUUUUUUCCUCCAACACCGUAAGCAGGUUAAACAACCUCAUUGCCUUUGAUCCCCCUGCCAGUCACCUGACAUGUUGGCACUCCCAGGUGUCCUUGCUGGAAGUCGGCUGCUUUUAGGACCCAGCGGAGCAGGGAAAGUGGAGCAGCAGGCAACCAGCAGACUCCUCCUUGUCUCCAGUGUCAAACUUGACAUCAGGCUGCUCAGCGAGCAUGGUAACUUCUUCAGCAAUCAGAGCUGCAGUCACAUCAGUGGCAUGCUUAGUGGAGAUAUGCUCCUUCCACUGCCUUCUGUACUCCAACUCCAAGCAUGGAUUGUCAGCUCUUCUCCAUCCUCCUGCUUUGCUCCAUCUCAAUCAGCUGCUCAGGGGAACUGAUUCCUCAUCCUGCUAAUGAAGUUAAUCUUCUGGAUUCGAAAGCAAUUCAAGGGGAGCUGGGCUGGAUUUCCUACCCAUCACAUGGGUGGGAAGAGAUCAGUGGAGUUGAUGAGAAUUACACACCCAUAAGGACUUACCAAGUUUGCAAUGUUAUGGACCAUAAUCAAAAUAAUUGGCUUAGGACAAACUGGAUUCCACGCAAUGCUGCUCAGAAGAUCUAUAUUGAGCUAAAGUUUACAUUACGAGACUGCAACAGUAUCCCUCUUGUUUUGGGCACGUGCAAAGAAACAUUUAACCUCUACUACAUGGAAUCAGAUGAAGACCAGGGGGUUAGGUUUAGAGAGAACCAGUUUACCAAAAUUGACACUAUUGCAGCCGAUGAGAGUUUUACACAGAUGGACCUUGGAGAUCGAAUUCUCAAACUUAACACUGAGGUACGAGAAGUGGGACCCAUAAGCAUGAAAGGACUUUAUCUGGCUUUUCAGGAUGUUGGUGCCUGUGUUGCCUUAGUAUCUGUGCGGGUUUAUUUUAAAAAGUGCCCUUUUACUGUGAAGAAUUUGGCCAUGUUUCCAGAUACUGUUCCUAUGGACUCCCAUUCUCUGGUGGAGGUUCAAGGCUCUUGUGUCAACCAUUCCAAAGAGGAAGAUCCCCCCAAAAUGUACUGCAGUACUGAAGGUGAAUGGCUUGUUCCCAUUGGAAAGUGUUUGUGCAAUGCUGGCUAUGAAGAGAGAGGCUUUACUUGCCAAGCUUGCAGACCAGGAUUUUACAAAGCAUUUACUGGAAACCUUAAAUGUACCAAAUGCCCCACAUAUAGUUCUACUCAGGAAGAUGGGGCAACAUAUUGCAACUGUGAGAAAAACUUCUACAGAGCAGAUAAAGAUCCUCCAUCAAUGGCAUGCACACGUCCACCCUCUGCACCAAGAAACCUUAUUUCCAAUAUCAAUGAGACCUCAGUAAUACUAGACUGGAGUUGGCCGAUGGAAACUGGUGGUCGAAAGGACAUCACUUUUAAUGUUGUUUGCAAGCGAUGUGGAGUUAACAUGAAAUUCUGUGAACAUUGUAAGGGCAAUCUAAAAUUUAUCCCACGGCAAAGUGGGCUAACCAACACCACUGUGACGGUUACAGAUCUUCUGGCCCAUACCAACUAUACAUUUGAGAUUGAGUCAGUUAAUGGUGUGUCUGAUCAAAGUGUACUCAGUAGGAAUAAUGCUGCAGUUAGCAUCACUACGAACCAGGCGGCUCCAUCUCCUGUCACUAUAAUUAGAAAGGAGCGGACCUCGAGGAACAGCAUUUCUUUAUCAUGGCAGGAGCCAGAACAUCCAAAUGGGAUCAUCUUGGACUAUGAAGUUAAAUACUAUGAAAAGCAGGAGCAGGAAACUAGUUACACCAUUCUACGGGCAAGAACGACCAAUGUGACAAUCAACAGCCUUAAACCUGAUACGAUAUACAUUUUCCAAAUCCGAGCCAGGACAGCAGCCGGCUAUGGCUCAAAUAGCCGAAAGUUCGAGUUUGAAACCAGUCCAGAUUCUUUUUCUAUUUCUAGCCAGAAUAGCCAGGUUGUGAUGAUUGGCAUCUCCGCUGCAAUAGUCAUUAUCCUUCUAACUGUAGUUGUGUAUAUCCUGAUUGGAAGGUUCUGUGGAUACAAUAAAUCAAUGGCUGGCUCGGAUGAAAAACGCCUUUACUUUGGAAAUGGACACUUAAAACUUCCUGGCAUCAGAACUUACAUAGACCCUCAUACUUAUGAAGAUCCUAACCAGGCUGUACAUGAGUUUGCAAAGGAGCUGGACUCUUCAUGCAUAUCCAUUGAUACGGUUAUAGGAGCAGGAGAGUUUGGGGAAGUGUGCAGUGGGCGCUUGAAACUCCCUUCAAAAAAGGAGAUUAGUGUUGCAAUAAAGUCGCUGAAGGCUGGCUACACCGAGAAGCAGAGGAGAGAUUUCUUGAGCGAAGCCAGCAUUAUGGGACAGUUUGAGCACCCAAACAUCAUUCGCUUGGAUGGAGUCGUUACAAAAAAUAAACCUGUGAUGAUUGUUACUGAAUAUAUGGAGAAUGGUUCUCUGGAUAGUUUUUUACGUAAACACGAUGCUCAGUUUACAGUCAUCCAGCUAGUAGGUAUGCUGCGUGGCAUUGCGGCUGGUAUGAAAUACCUCUCUGAUAUGGGUUAUGUCCAUCGUGACUUGGCUGCUCGGAAUAUUCUCAUAAACAGUAACCUUGUUUGCAAAGUCUCUGAUUUUGGACUGUCUCGAAUACUGGAGGAUGACCCGGAAGCUGCCUAUACCACAAGGGGAGGAAAAAUUCCAAUUAGAUGGACGGCACCAGAAGCAAUUUCCUACCGUAAAUUUACAUCAGCAAGUGACGCGUGGAGCUAUGGUAUCGUUCUCUGGGAGGUGAUGUCAUACGGGGAGAGACCCUACUGGGAAAUGUCCAAUCAAGAUGUUAUCAAGGCCGUGGAAGAAGGAUAUCGAUUGCCACCACCAAUGGAUUGCCCUGCGGCCCUGUAUCAGCUUAUGUUAGACUGCUGGCAGAAAGACAGAAACAACAGACCCAAGUUUGAGGAAAUUGUUAGCAUUUUAGAUAAAUUAAUCCGAUAUCCUAGCAGCUUGAAAGUUAUCGCCAAUGCAUCUAUAAGGCCCUCAAAUCUGCUGCUGGAGCAAAACUGUGCUGACUUCCCUGUAUUCCAACCCACAGGAGACUGGGUUGAUGCCUUGCAAACUGGACCAUGUCAGGAUAUUUUGUCUGGAGUCACUUACAGUUCCUGUGAAACAAUAGCAAAAAUUUCCUUAGACGAUAUGAAGACAGUUGGUGUUACCAUUACUGGGCCAAGAAAGAAAAUCACAAGUAGCUUCAGACCUCCUGAAACACAUCAAAAGAAUGGACCUGUUAAUGUAUGAAACAAAUAUACAAGAAGAUAGAUUUGAUAUGGAAGGUGCAAUUCAUGCUAUUAAAAACUAUAAGGAGAACACUGUGGGGUGGACAAUAACCCUAUUCCCACAAAGACUCUUGUACUGGAAUUAUAAUGCCUUAAAAAAGGAGCAAAUACUCUUUUAUCUCUCAGUCAGGAAGGUUACAUUUUGGUAACACACAAAAUCUGAUUGGACAGAAGAUUAUGGAGCAUAUACAAGACUCGCAAUACAACAGAAACAGUGCAUUCUCAUCCGAGUACAGGGAAAACUCACAAAUCUUGCAUUUAAAAAAAUACAUUAAUGACAUUCUUUAUUUUCUCUUUUUGGUUUUACAAUGAAUACAGGUAACCUUCAGGAUAUUUAACCAACAUUGUUACACCAGUUAUACAUUGGUAUGUUAAAUUAAUUAUUUAGUAAUAAAGACAGAAAAAAAUAGUCAAUAUUCAGUCAACCAUUUGUUUGUAAAAUAAUAUUUAUUUGAAUGUGAUUUGUUUUUUUUUCGCUUCAGACAUGUGUACUGUAUAUUGGAAUAUCCAAUGACAAUAGGUAACUGAAAAAAAUAUCAGGUUAAGGCCAUAUAGGUGUUGUUUAUAUUGUCAUAUGUCAUAUGUUAAAAAUUUGACAAGAAAAUCCAGAGACAAACUGCAAUAUUGUGCAGAUAUUUUUGGCAAUACUGGGCUAUUAUUGAUUUAAUUUAAGGCAGAUGCUUUUUAAUGGGCCUAUUUUACCUUCAUGGUUCUUAAUUCAGGCUGUAUGUGCUGGUUUUAGUUUGUGGCUCGAAAGUCGAUACAGUUGAGUUUUCGAUAGACAAAUUGCACGAUUCUAAUUAAUUUUUUUCAAUGAGGUUUUAUUGGUAAAUUAAGAGGAUUCAGGUUUGGGAUUUUGGUUGAUUUUUAAAAAAUAAAGUGAAAAAUAGUUGAGUUUUACUAAAUAACCCCCUAAAUAUAUAAAAUAUGUUAAAACUGUUCCAGUAUAUUUGUUAAAACUACCAGUAUUUUGUUGGUCUGGUGAAGACUAGAUUACAUUAAAUACUAUAAAAAAAUUCUAUAAUUCUAUAGAAAUUGGCAUCUCUGACUUUAGGUCCAACAAAUGAUUCCAAGCUAUGUUUCUGAGAUAAAUUUUUCACUAUGGUGAUAUAAAGUGAAUAUUUCUUCCAUCUGGGGUGUAACAAGAGCUCUGUUGCCCCCUUAGCACAUUUUUGUACAUGGCCACUUUGUAUCAAUCCCUAAACCCCUAUAUCCCAAGUGACCUCCAGUUUCUUAAUUUCAAUUCCUGUUUCCACUCAUUUCAGCUAGGUUUAUAGUUCUUCUAAUAAUUUAACAUGUAUUCAAUUUCAGACUUGAAAAUAUGAAUACAUUGGGGUACAGCUCUGCUUCGUUCUGGCACUGACUCAGAUAAUUAGAGCUCUUAAUGCUUGUAUGAAUCCAUAUUUUUAAUCUUAAAAAAAAAAACAAUUAAAACCAAUAACUAGUCUACAUUUUCAUUGACACUUUCAAAAUAUAGCCUUAAAACUUGUAUUUGUAAUACAGGCAUGUGAUUUAUUAUAUAUAAAAAAAAAAACAACACCUAAAAAAUACAGCAGAAUUCCCCUUGUUUUUUUACCAAUUAUCUGUUAAUAUGAGAGUCCAUUGUAAAAAAUGGAAAUUAAUCUAUUGCAAAUACACACGAAUGGUAAAAAAAAAUGCUUUGUUUUUUUUUACAUUUUAAUAUGUUUUUUAACUUGGAACUUCAAAAUAUGGAAAGACCUCUUUUUAGAAUAACUCCCAGAUAAUGCUAGAUCAUAGAAAUAAUAUCAGAAAAUUAAUGUUUACCUAAAAAUGUUAACAGAAAUAAAGAAAAGAAAAAUUAAAUUAAUGUUGUAGUCCAGUCAAAAGGUUUAUGGAUAUAUAAAGCAAUACCUACGGCAACGCUGAUCUGUUUGCUUUCUAUUGCUAUUUUCCCCCAUGUAAGUGCUUUUCAGUUUAUUUAAUGUAUUUAAACAGUUUGAAGGUGCUAAAUGUUUAUUAAGAAACUGUUUUACUGGUGGGUGAUGACCAAGCUUCCAAAAGUAGAAUAUGUCUUCCACAGAGCAUAUAAAUGUAUCACUGUAAUCCUUUGGAAAAUAUCACUAACAUGGUGUGUUUAUCAUUUCUUCAAAAAUAACUUUUUGCCCCAUUAUUCCUCAUAAAUAACUUUUUUGCCCCCUGAGGAAUCCUGAAGAAUUGUAAGCAGUUAAAUUGUUUUGCCAAUUUAUUAAAUGUUUACUGAUUGUCAACAAAGUUUUGACCAUACUAACACAUUUCUAAAACUUGAUACAAUUGUCAUUUCCACAAAAUGGGAUUUCCUCAUUGGAAAUCCCAUGUGAGGGAAGAGAAUUCAGAUAAUUGCCCCGUUUUUCAUAAUGGUAAAAAAUUUGCCGAAUGGAUUGAAGUGGCCGGAAAUUUUUUUUGAUGCGCAACAAUUUUUUUGCCAAAACAUUUCGCUCAUCACUAGUCAGCGAGGCACAUUUAUCAAAGGUCGAAUUUCAAACUCAUGUGAGUUUUUUUUAACUCUAUUAAAUUUGAAUAUACUUGAAAUUCGAUUUGGGGGUUAUUUAAUAAACAAAUAGAGUAUCUAAAAUUCGCACAAAUUUUACUGACUCAAAAACAUGAACAUGUUACAAAGAGUUACUCAUUCACCUUAAUCAUAUAACCCUUCCAAACAAAGACAGCCCAACCUGGGUGUAAAUGAUCCUAUUUAAUUUGUUAUUAUGAACCCUGUCACUUUUCAACUCAAAUUACCACUGAAAAAUCUGUAUAGGGGUGUGUGACAAACAUAAUUAAAAGCAAUAGUGAACUGUUACAGUAAUUAAAAUAAAGAAUAUAUGCCAGAUUUGCUUUAAUUCUCCAAUGACUGCAUUGUCCAGAAAUGACAUUAGGAUCUACAACCAAUUGACAAAUUAAGUCAAAAAGCUUUCAACACUAUAAAUUCUGUAUUGGCCAUUUAAUUUUUCAUGGCAACAUGACUUACUCCACCUGUACAUAGCAAGCAACUGUGCUGUUUUUAUUUAAAUUUACAUGAAUUUGAGGUUUGAUAUUUUUUUUUACUUUUAAGUAAUUUAGGGAAAGAUUUAUGGAACCUGGUUAGUGUUAGUCUUAUUUACAACAGAUCUUAUGUAAAGGUUAAUCCUGAACGUUUUUUAUUUGUUUGAUUAUUUUAAUGGAAAUUAGCAUAAUUUCCCAAUCUUUUUUAACCAUUUCCCUUAACUAAGGGUCACCCCAAAACUUUGCCAUUCUUUUGUUGACAUUUUUAACAAACUCUUUAAAAUAAAAAUGACCUGAGUCAAAUAUCGAGAGUUUACUAAAGCUAGCCCAUACUGUUUUAUUUCAGUUCUUGGGUCAUAACAAUGGAAGACAUUGAUUUAUUCAUGUUAUAUUUAUUUUUUAUUUUACAAGUAAAUGGUACAAUGGUACAAUGCUAUAAAUGAGAAAGGGAAAAACAAUCUAGUUAAACACUUAAAUAUUGUAAGGGCUGCAAGGGUCAAUUAGUAUGAUAUUUGAGGCAAAAAUGAAUUUGCUUGAUAUACGUGGAAUUUAUUAGGUGAUGGCUCCAAAUUUUUAAACUAUCCAAGCUGAUGAUGUUAGUGGGACCUGAACAAAGGGACCUUACUCCCAAUGCAUCAGGAUACCUCUGAUUUUAUGGUCUGCAUGGAAAAUAUAUUUUGAAGUUUUCAGCAUAUAAAUUAUUUACUUAAAAACAGGAUGGAUUAUUAUGAAAAAUUAUUACAAAGUUGAUGUGGCUUGUUUCAUGUGUAUCAUCAUUGUAAUAUAUCUAUUGUUUGUUCCUAUCUCAGGAGACCUCAUUGAGCAUUUUGUAUUAUUUACGUUUUUUGUACAUACAUGUAUGUAAGAUUAAAUUCAGUCCCAUCUGGUAUCAGGAUUGGACAGUGAGAGUAUAGGCCUUGGUCCUUCGGUAUCAAGGGGACCCUUGGGGAGGUAACAAAAGUAGAAUAAAAUACAUUAUUGUUUUAUAUUUUCAAUAUCUAACCUCUUUAUUUGCUGUUAAACUGUGACUCAUAGCACCCCACAAGCAGCUGAAGGCUGUCUGGGGGUGCUAGGGUUUGCAGUUUAAUUAAAGCUUCAAAAGGGGGACAGCAAUUCUUCAUUGCUAAGGACACAUAUUCUCUAAGCCAGCACUCAAAUUUUCUUGCUACUAGUAAUAUUUUAUGGCCAUCAUUUUAAACAUAUUUAAAGGAACACACCUUCAAGAAUUAUUCAAAAAAUGUCUUUAAUAUCAUCUUUUCAGUAUUUUAAAAGGUAAUUUACCUAUUAUUUAUUUCUGUUUAUAUACCUAGUUUAUGCUUUUUCUAGGCCUGUAUAACAUAUUACAUUUACUUUGACAUGGCAUUUUCUAAGCAUUACUUAGUUUCUUAGGGUGCAACUGUAGAAGGCCUCAGACUAAUGUAAAAUGAUUUGUAGUGCAAACAUUUAUAUUUUUAUAAUAAACUUUGUGAAAGUA